AUGAAACUCAUUGGAUUAACGGGUGGCAUCUCCACAGGAAAAUCAACUGUAUCAGCACUACUGAAAGAACAAAACAUUCCCAUCAUUGAUGCCGACAAAAUUGCAAGAGAUAUUGUUGAACCUGGAAGAAAAGCAAAUCAACUCAUCAGACAGCAUUUCGGUGAUGAAGUCUUUCUGCCUGACGGACAUCUCGACAGACCUAAACUGGGCCAAAUCAUUUUUCAAGAUCCCGAGAAAAGAAAGAUACUAAACCGCUGUACACAUCCCUAUGUCAGACUGGAGAUGCUGAAACAAGCAUUUAUUUAUUGGAUCAAAGGUGCCGACCUGGUUAUAUUUGAUGUGCCUUUGCUGAUUGAGAGUAAAUUGGAUCGAUUCAUGAGCACUACAGUGGUGGUCUACUGCUCAGAUGUGCUUCAACUGCAACGACUGAGAAAAAGAGACAAUCUCUCGGAAGAACAAGCAUUGCAGCGCAUGAAGGCACAGAUGCCAAUGUCGGAAAAGGUGGCUAAAGCGGAUAUUGUGUUGGACAAUUCAAGCGAUUUGAAUCAAUUGGAAAUUCAAGUAAAAAACAUGACGAAAAGACUCAGACCUUCUACGUUCACUUGGUUGUUUGAAUAUGCUGGUCCUCCUGUUGCUCUCGCUCUCUUCUCUGUUCUCGUAAAACAAUAUGCCCCCACUUUAUUAAAUACCAUUGGCGAUAGUAUUGCAACCCUGAGAUGA